AUGGGAGGAAUGGAAUCUCUUCUCGAGACGAAGAAGAAGAGCAGAAAUGUUGUGGAGGAGGGCGUCUGUGCUGCCGCAGGGGGGAGUUCGUUGUUGAUCCGUUCGUUGGGUCGCGUUGCUCGUUGUGAUUGGCUGAUGGAAGGGCGACUUGGCCGCGGGUCACCGCCUUUUGCUGGUCUGCAUGAUGUCACGUGA